AUGCUAACGGCCUUAAAUUUCUCGAGUCUCGCCACCCGCGUGCGCCUUCCCGCCGCUGCUGAUCGCAGAGAUCAUCAGAUUGCCAUAGCUUCUCACCGUUCUGCUCGUGUGAAGCUCCAGCACCACCCCUCCACCACCUCUACCGUUGCUGUUUACUCUGCCGGUCCCGCCACCAUCUCCUUCGGAGCCACCAUGCCCACUAUUGCAACGCCCCGCCUUCCCUGCUGUGGUGGUCACCCAAACACCCCGACCGGUGGUUCAUGGCUCGACAACAACACCUUUAUCGCCCUGGCCCGUCAUUACCACUUCGACGCCCUUGUACUGGACCCCGAUGCCAGCUUCACGGACGUCGAGGAGCUCACUGGUCACUCGGCACCGCACGUCGCGCGCAUCGCGCUGUUGGACCAGCACUACCGAGCGCUCAUCGCCGUGUCAUCUGACGAGGAUGUGCCGACCAUCGCGGCGCGUGUUCCGCCGUCUUUCUUCAACCGCGCCGCGGUCCGUCUCGAGGAGCGCCGCGAGCGGCUUGAAGCCGUGCUUCGAGGAGAGGAAGUGACAGCUACUUUGGUGUCGAUGGACUGCGCUGCGUUCUUGGGUCGAGGAGAGACAGGCCCUGUGGCCACCCGCGCUACGGCCCGAAGAGUCGUCCAACAGGUCGGGAAGGAGCAGGCACGUCUCGCCCUCGCCCGUUUGCAGUUCGUUCAACCCGCCCAGCCCGUGCAGCCUGUGCAGCCCGGAUCAGCCCGCCCUAUGCCAGUGUCGCCCGUGUCGCUCGCCGCCGCUCCUUUCCCCCUUUCCCCGCAGCCCGCGCCGCCCUGA